AUGGCGCCCUUCAGCGCGCACUACACCGGGCACUACAGCGCGCACUACACCGGGCACUACAGCGCGCACUACACCGGGCACUACAGCGUUCACUGCACCGGGCACUACACCGGGCACUACAGCGCGCACUACAGCUUGCAUUACAGCGCGCACUACAGCGUGCACUACAGCGCGCACUACACCGGGCACUACACCAGGCACUACACCGUGAACUACAGCGCGCACAACACCGGGCACUACAGCAGGCACUACACCGGACACUACACCGGACACUACAGCGUGCACUACACCGGGCACUACAGCGCACACUACACCGGGCACUACACCGGACACUACAGCGUGCACUACACCGGGCACUACAUCACGCACUACACCGGGCACUACAGCACCGGGCACUACACCGGGCACUACAUCGAGCACUACACCGGGUACUACAGCGUGCACUACACCGGGCACUACACCGAGCACUACAGCGUGCACUACACCUGGCACUACACCGGGCACUACAGCGGACACUACAGCGCGCAAAACACCGGGCACUACAGCGCGCACUACACCGGGCACUACAGCGCGCACUACACCGGGCACUACAGCGCGCACUACAGCGUUCACUGCACCGGGCACUACACCGGGCACUACAGCGCGCACUACAGUUUGCAUUACAGCGCGCACUACAGCGUGCACUACAGCGCGCACUACACCGGGCACUACACCAGGCACUACACCGUGAACUACAGCGCGCACAACACCGGGCACUACAGCAGGCACUACACCGGACACUACACCGGACACUACAGCGUGCACUACACCGGGCACUACAGCGCACACUACACCGGGCACUACACCGGACACUACAGCGUGCACUACACCGGGCACUACAUCACGCACUACACCGGGCACUACAGCGUGCACUACACCGGACACUACAACGGGCACUACAGCGCACACUACACCGGGCACUACACCGGACACUACAGCGUGCAUUAG